CCUUGCCGGGCUGGAGCCUGGAUUCGCUGGGAGGAGGGACGGGAGGAGGGGAAAGGUGGAGGAGAGAGGAGGGGGGGAGUGGGGAGGAGCGGCCGGGCCUGGGGCCUUGAGGCCCGGGAGAGCCGGGGAGCCGGGCCGGCGCGCCGAGAUGCUGCUGCUGUUGCUGUCGCUGCUGGCGCCGCUCUUCCUCCGCCCCCCGGGCGCGGGCGGGGCGCAGACCCCCAACGCCACCUCCGAAGGUUGCCAGAUCAUACACCCACCCUGGGAAGGGGGCAUCAGGUACCGGGGCCUGACUCGGGACCAAGUGAAGGCUAUCAACUUCCUUCCUGUGGACUAUGAGAUUGAGUAUGUGUGCCGGGGCGAGCGCGAGGUGGUGGGGCCCAAGGUCCGAAAGUGCCUGGCCAACGGCUCCUGGACAGACAUGGACACACCCAGCCGCUGUGUCCGAAUCUGCUCCAAGUCUUAUUUGACCCUGGAAAGUGGGAAGGUUUUCCUGACGGGUGGGGACCUCCCAGCUCUGGACGGAGCCCGGGUGGAUUUCCGGUGUGACCCCGACUUCCAUCUGGUGGGCAGCUCCCGGAGCAUCUGUAGUCAGGGCCAGUGGAGCACCCCCAAGCCCCACUGCCAGGUGAAUCGAACGCCACACUCAGAACGGCGCGCAGUGUACAUCGGGGCGCUGUUUCCCAUGAGCGGGGGCUGGCCGGGGGGCCAGGCCUGCCAGCCCGCGGUCGAGAUGGCGCUCGAGGACGUGAAUAGCCGCAGGGACAUCCUGCCGGACUAUGAGCUCAAGCUCAUCCACCACGACAGCAAGUGUGACCCAGGCCAAGCCACCAAGUACCUGUACGAGCUGCUCUACAACGACCCUAUCAAGAUCAUCCUCAUGCCCGGCUGCAGCUCCGUCUCCACGCUCGUGGCUGAGGCUGCCAGGAUGUGGAACCUCAUUGUGCUUUCCUAUGGCUCCAGCUCACCAGCCCUGUCAAACCGGCAACGCUUUCCUACCUUCUUCCGAACUCAUCCGUCAGCCACACUCCACAAUCCCACGCGGGUGAAACUCUUCGAAAAGUGGGGCUGGAAGAAGAUCGCCACCAUUCAGCAGACCACUGAGGUCUUCACCUCGACUCUGGACGACCUGGAGGAACGAGUGAAGGAAGCUGGAAUCGAGAUUACUUUCCGUCAGAGUUUCUUCUCCGAUCCAGCUGUGCCUGUCAAAAACCUUAAGCGCCAGGAUGCCCGAAUCAUCGUGGGACUUUUCUAUGAGACUGAAGCCCGGAAAGUUUUUUGUGAGGUGUACAAGGAGCGGCUCUUUGGGAAGAAAUACGUCUGGUUCCUCAUUGGGUGGUACGCUGACAAUUGGUUCAAGAUCUAUGACCCGUCCAUCAACUGCACAGUGGACGAGAUGACGGAGGCGGUGGAGGGCCACAUCACCACUGAGAUCGUCAUGCUGAACCCUGCCAACACCCGCAGCAUUUCCAACAUGACGUCCCAGGAGUUUGUGGAGAAACUGACCAAGCGACUAAAAAGACACCCUGAGGAGACGGGAGGCUUCCAGGAGGCACCGCUGGCGUACGAUGCCAUCUGGGCCUUGGCACUGGCCCUGAACAAGACGUCCGGAGGGGGUGGCCGUUCGGGUGUGCGCCUGGAAGACUUCAACUACAACAACCAGACCAUAACUGACCAGAUCUACCGGGCAAUGAACUCCUCAUCCUUCGAGGGUGUCUCUGGCCAUGUGGUGUUUGAUGCCAGCGGCUCUCGGAUGGCAUGGACACUCAUCGAGCAGCUGCAGGGUGGCAGUUACAAGAAGAUCGGCUAUUAUGACAGCACCAAGGAUGAUCUUUCCUGGUCCAAAACGGAUAAGUGGAUUGGAGGGUCUCCGCCAGCCGACCAGACCCUGGUCAUCAAGACGUUCCGCUUCCUGUCACAGAAACUCUUUAUCUCCGUCUCCGUUCUCUCCAGCUUGGGCAUUGUCCUAGCUGUUGUCUGUCUGUCCUUUAACAUCUACAACUCCCACGUCCGUUAUAUCCAGAACUCACAGCCCAACCUGAAUAAUCUGACUGCUGUGGGCUGCUCCCUGGCAUUAGCUGCCGUCUUCCCCCUGGGGCUGGAUGGUUACCACAUCGGGAGGAGCCAGUUCCCCUUCGUCUGCCAGGCCCGCCUCUGGCUCCUGGGUCUGGGCUUUAGUCUGGGCUAUGGCUCCAUGUUCACCAAGAUCUGGUGGGUUCAUACAGUCUUCACGAAAAAGGAGGAAAAGAAGGAGUGGAGGAAGACCCUGGAGCCCUGGAAGCUGUACGCCACGGUGGGCUUGCUGGUGGGCAUGGAUGUCGUCACCCUUGCCAUCUGGCAGAUUGUGGACCCCUUGCACCGGACCAUUGAGACUUUUGCCAAGGAGGAACCGAAGGAAGAUAUUGACGUGUCUAUUCUGCCUCAGCUGGAGCACUGCAGCUCCAAGAAGAUGAAUACGUGGCUUGGCAUUUUCUAUGGUUACAAGGGGCUGUUGCUGCUGCUGGGUAUCUUUCUGGCUUAUGAGACCAAGAGUGUGUCCACUGAGAAGAUCAACGACCACCGGGCUGUGGGCAUGGCCAUCUACAAUGUGGCGGUCCUGUGCCUCAUCACCGCCCCGGUCACCAUGAUCCUGUCCAGCCAGCAGGACGCCGCCUUCGCCUUUGCUUCUCUGGCCAUAGUUUUCUCCUCCUACAUCACCCUGGUUGUGCUCUUCGUGCCCAAGAUGCGCAGGCUGAUCACCCGAGGGGAGUGGCAGUCGGAGGCACAGGACACCAUGAAGACAGGGUCCUCAACCAACAACAACGAGGAGGAGAAGUCCCGGCUGCUGGAGAAGGAGAACCGGGAACUGGAGAAGAUCAUUGCCGAGAAAGAAGAGCGCGUCUCUGAACUGCGCCAUCAGCUCCAGUCUCGGCAGCAGCUCCGCUCCCGGCGCCACCCUCCGACACCUCCAGACCCCUCGGGGGGCCUGCCUAGGGGGCCCCCUGAGCCCCCCGACCGGCUGAGCUGUGAUGGGAGUCGAGUCCACCUGCUUUACAAAUGAGGAAGGGGGUGUGAGGGAGGACAGGCCAGUAGGGGGAGGGAGAGGGAAAAGGAGAAGGGUGGGGGUAGGGAGGAAGCAGGGGGUCCCUCUCCCGUGUGGGAAGAAGUCGCUACUCAGUCCCAUCUCUUGUAAAUACCUGCCCCGCAGUGAGUCCCCGGGGGUCGUCCGGGUCUCCAGUUCUCUAGGAACCAGACCCUGUUCGCUCUCAUUUGUUCAUAUAAUUUUAUAUCCCUACUUCAUUCUCCAGUUUGUACCCGGCUUGAAGCUUCUCACUCACUGGCUCCUCCGCCUCACUAUGUACACGGGUCCCUUUUCUUUUCUGACACCCUCUGUCUCGUUGCCACGGCAACCCCAACCCUGCAGCUCCCUGGCCUUUGUGCUCUGCUGGUCCAGCAGGGAUCUCUCCCAAGUGCUCUUUCUGCCCCAACAGGGCCUCCUCAUGUCUCUCACCAUCCUGGUCUCCUUCCAACCUACUUGCCCCUCCACUCUUUCACAAGCUUUGUCCUUCUUCAGUUCUGCCUCUCCAGGGCACUCCUUCUUGCCAAGGCUCACAGGCUCCUACGCUCCGCGGGCUCACACUUAGCAUCGCGUGUGUCCUCCCCUCCCAGCUCGUUCCAGCGGCUCACGUGCGUGCACGCGUUUCACCUGUGCUUUCUUCACCCUUCCUGUGGUCCCGCGUGCUCUGUUGUAUUUCCUUCACUCGUGACUGCGCUGCCCAUCUCCGGUCACGGGUGUGCCCUUGUGAGGGAGUGUUUGGGUAGACGCGGGCUGUUUGUCUAGCAUGUCUUCCCUAGUGCACACAUCCAGGGUUACCCGUGGUUUUCCCUGUGUGCCCUUGUGCUGCCUCGUCUACCCUCUUCCCUUUGCACCUUAAAAGCAUUGUAUCCUAACAACGGAGCCAUAUGCACCCACUCUGCACAUUGUAAUGCACUUUCCCCCAGUUCACUCUUAGUGGAGCCAUCCACAUCCUCUCCUUGUCACACCCGGUUUCUGCUCACACUCUCCGCCUUCUCCUUCCCACUCGUGGACCACCCUUGGCCCCCAUGCACUAUCAUCCUCUCCCAAGAGUGCUUCCUUUGGUUUUGUGUUUUUCUGGGGCAAGAGGGAGAAGAAAUGGGGGCAGGUUUGGGGAGCUUCUUCCAGUGGACAGUUGGUGAGAAUCCUGAUGGAAGGAAGGCACCCCUGACUGUUGAGAUGGACAGAUGGUCCUAUGGGGCGGGAGGUGGCGUCCCUUUUGCACUGUGGUAUUUCUUGGGGAAGGAGCUCCCCAAAUCUCAAUAAACCAGUGAACAGAGUGA